CAACAAGCUUCUCACGAGACGAGGCGUGGUGUAGAAGCGGCGUUCGCCUUAUUUGACAGUGAACGUAAACUUCUCUACUCGAUACGUUGUGACGUGCCGUGCAAAAUUCAACCAUGGCCCAUCUCGGUAAUCUGAACCCCAUCCAGAUCCUGAACCAUCAAGCCGAAGAAGAAAAAGCGGAGAAUGCGCGUUUGUCUUCAUUCGUUGGCGCGAUCGCCAUCGGCGAUUUGCUCAAAUCCACGCUGGGACCCAAGGGAAUGGACAAGAUCCUGCUCUGCGAAACGUCUCGCGAUUCCAAAGUCGAAGUAACCAACGACGGUGCGACCAUUCUCAAAGCUAUCGGUAUCGACAACCCCGCAGCGAAGGUUCUCGUCGAUAUUUCGAAAACUCAGGACGAUGAGGUCGGCGACGGCACGACGUCGGUAGCCGUUCUAGCCUCGCAACUCCUACAGGAAGCCGAGAAGCUAGUAGGAAUGAAAAUCCAUCCUCAGACCAUUAUUUCUGGCUGGAGGAGAUCCGUCAACGCUUCUCGAGCGGCUCUCGAAGACUUCUCCCAGGACCGUUCGAACAACGAGGCUCAGUUCAAGAAAGACGUCAUGAACAUUGCCAGGACAACUCUCGGCUCUAAAAUCCUCGCCCAGCACAAGGAAUUCUUCGCCCAACUCGCAGUGGAUGCCGUUAUGCGACUGAAAGGAAAAUGCAACCUCGACGCGAUCCACAUCAUCAAGAAACUCGGAGGCAGCAUGCUCGACUCGUACCUCGAGGCAGGGUUCUUGCUCGACAAAAAACCGGGUCUUAAUCAACCGAAACGGGUCGAGAAAGCCCAGAUCCUCAUUGCUAACACACCAAUGGACAGUGACAAAAUCAAAGUCUUCGGAUCCCGUAUGAAGUGUGAGUCUAUUGCUCGGGUCGCCGAACUCGAAGAGGCCGAGAAACUGAAAAUGAAACGGAAGGUCGACUCGAUCCUUGCUCACAAGUGUAACGUGUUCAUCAACCGUCAGCUGAUCUAUAACUACCCCGAACAAUUGUUCGCCGAUGCGGGAAUUAUGGCUAUCGAGCACGCAGACUUCGAAGGUAUCGAGCGCCUAGCUCUGGUGACCGGGGGUGAAAUCGUUUCGACGUUCACCAGUCCAGAAACCGUCAAGCUCGGCACGUGCGAUCUCAUCGAAGAGGUUAUGAUUGGAGAAGACAAGCUUCUCAGGUUCAGCGGAGUGCCGCUUGGCGAAGCUUGCACCAUUGUCUUGCGAGUCAAAGAGAAAAAAAUUUGCUACGGAGGAGGCAGCGCAGAAAUGCUCAUGGCUGAAGCUGUUGACAAACUGGCGCUGACAACCCCCGGCAAGGAGUCUUUGGCGAUUGAAGCCUUCGCUCGAGCCCUCAGACAACUCCCCACUAUAAUCGCUGACAACGCCGGUCUCGACUCGGCACAACUCGUUUCAGAGCUCCGGGCCGCCCACGCAACCGGUAAAAAGUCUUUCGGUAUUAACAUCGUUGAUGCUAAAAUUGAUGAUAUGGAGAAACUCGGUAUCACCGAAGCCUUCGUGGUGAAAAGGCAGGUCCUCCUGUCAGCCUCUGAAGCCGCCGAGAUGAUUCUGAGAGUCGACAACAUCAUCAAAGCAGCCCCCAGGAAACGCGUUCCGGAUAGAAGUCAUUAGACUCGACUUGGCAUAAAUUCCUUCACCUGAUCGCCUUGAGUGGUUAUUUAUUUACCAUUAAAUAAAGCAUUUUUUUGAGGAAGGAUAAGUCCGCAGCUCCUUCCGAAACUGGAGCACUAUGCCAAUAAAAUGCACUCGAUUACGUUGAUUGGGUUUCCCAUCCGACACCGUCCAUCAUCAGACGAAAA